GCAGUACGUUUAGUUGGGUGUUCACAAGUUGCCGAGACAUCGUGCCGUACGGCUGAGCAACAUCCGCGUUCGACGUGCGUCGCAGACUGUUCUAGAGGUGCACACGCGCAGAACAUCACGUUCGUCGGAUUGCGUGUCGUGAGUCAUUGUUGUGUUGACAGUUGAACCAGGUCGGUCCUCGUGUCACCGUCGGUCUCUGAAACGAGCAGCUCCGCAUUUUUCUACGUGUCGUGUUUACACGAGUCGCCGCGUAGCGGUGGUCGAAACCCACCUUUUUGCGUCUCAACUCCGGGACGAUCGCGAGUGUCGUAAACGCGUACACGGUCGGAGUUGGAACAAUCUGUCGACGAAUUGCUCUAGCAAAAGUGCAAUAAAUGCAGUUCGCUCGCAUGGUUAUGUAACAACAGUGAAAAACUAGACACGUUAGUGCUCGGUGCGAAACGGAAGGUCGAUAAAUCGAGCGAACCGAUCGCGGUUUUCUCCAGCGACGGCAAAGUAACGCCGCUCUACAAGAGCCGAAGUUUUGGUUGGCCACGCAAUCAGUCCCGCGGCAUCGAUGGUGCGAAGUUCGACGAUGGAGCAGACGUUCUACGAGGAGACGAGCGUCUACGGCGUGGUGAAUCGCGAGAACAACGUGGGCCAGUUGAAACGUAAUCUUACGUUAGACUUGAACGGAUGUCAGCGACAGGGUCCGCAGGCGAAAAGGCCGCGACUCGGGCCUCUGCCACCGGCGCUCAACAACGUGACGCCUAUUUUAAGCUCGCCGGACUUGAACAUGUUGAAACUGGGCUCGCCUGAACUGGAGAAGUUCAUCAUAGCUCAGCAGGAUACCCUCGUGACGUCGAAUUUACCGACGCCCACGCAGAUCUUGUUCCCUAAAGCGGUCACCGAGGCCCAGGAACUUUACGCUCGCGGUUUCGUCGAAGCCCUCAACGAGCUUCAUCAUUCGGACAGUUCGCAAGAACCGGGCAGUAUUCAUGGGGCGACGUAUACGACCCUGGAACCACCCAGCAGCGUGCAGAGCACGGAAUCUUCGGUAAGUCAGGGUCUCAUGCAGAUCAAGGAUGAACCACAAACGGUACCGAGCGUGUCGAGCUCGCCUCCGAUGUCGCCCAUCGACAUGGAGAACCAGGAGAGGAUCAAGCUGGAGAGGAAACGUCAGAGGAAUCGCGUGGCGGCGUCCAAAUGCCGCAGACGCAAAUUGGAGCGCAUCUCCAGGCUCGAGGACAAGGUUAAGCUGCUCAAGGGCGAGAACAGCGAAUUGAGCGCCGUCGUGCACAAGUUGAAGGAGCACGUGUGUCGGCUGAAGGAGCAGGUGAUGGACCACGUGCACUCGGGUUGCCAGAUCAUGGCCGUGUCGGGUCAGUUUUGAGCCCUUUACAUUGGACUCUCCAGCGUGUUUUGUUUCGUUAGACGAUGACCCUGGCUCCCGUCGAAGUCUAUCUUCGUAGGAAGCUUUUCACGGGUGUCGUCGUUUUCGUUUCACGGUUUCCGGGAUCGAGUUGGCCUGUGUAACGACGUGAAAGAAACAGGGAGUGCCUUGACGUGCCGCGCUUUGCAAAAGGGACACGAAAUAUGAAAUGUACCAUCUGUAUCUCUGCGUGUGGCGAGUUUUCACGCACGUGAAACGCGUGUCGUGUGUGUUGGAGGGCGACGGUGAGAGGACAAGGAUAGAGAGAGGGGAACACCUUGAACGGUGCGUUGGAAGCGAGUGGGGGGAGUCGAGGAGCGACAAGCAUGGUCGGAGAAGAGAGAGGGAGGCGCUAAGGAGCGACGAGCGUGGACGAUCAUUGGGCGAGAGUGGGGAGCCGAAGAGCGACGAGCAUGGACGAGUGACAGGAGGGAGUGGGUGGGACCUGGCGGCGGAGAGGGGGACCUCGAACCGCGGCCAUUUUGGAGAACCGCGAGUACUGGCGGGAGAUUUGAAUCUCCCAUUAGAACCUUUCCAUUCUAACGGUGCGUUUACACCGGACAGACAGCUGCCCGUUCUGCCUCGUCCUCGACAAAAUUCAAAUGUAAAAGGAAAGGAACAUCGAAUUUUGUCCAAGUUGGGGUAGAACGUGCAUUUGUUUGCCCGGUGUAAACGUAUGUUCGCCGAGGGGAACAAAAUUGCUGCGACGGUCUCGAUUAGUUGUUUCUGCUGGCUCGAUCGCGUCGUUCUUUGUUUCAUUUUCUCUCGAGGAAAAUAAUACCUCUUUGCAUUCUUUGUAAUCGAUCCACGUAGAUUGUGAUCGCUUGCGUUGUUUCUUUUUUUAACAAACGCGUGCUAUUAGUCGGUAAGAUCGUCGUUAAUCGCGAGAUCUUCGAAUCGGUCUGGAGCAGCGAUGGGCAGAUUUGCGAAUAUAGAAAUUUCAGAUCUCCAAGAUUUUAAAUUUUCGAAUUUACAAAUCUAGAAAUUUUAGGAAGUUAGCAAAUAUAAAUUCAGUUGUCCAUCGCUGGUUUAGAACGAUCUUUGUUCAGGAUUUCCUGUCAAUUUUUCUCUUUUCUUAAACGUUGAACACUUUGACGAGAUAUAGAUUUUUGCAGAGCGAACCAGCUCUUUGUUCAUUGUUUCUUUUCAUUCUUUCUCGUUGUCCCAUUGGAUGAGCGGCAAUUUUGAAUUCAAUCAAAAGAAGCUUCUUUCGAAGAAGACUCGUAGAAUGUAUAUAAAUAAAUAAAACGCUAUUUACGUACGUAUUCACGCGCAGAGUAACGACUAAACUUAAGAUAAUUGUAAGAUUCAUUCGAGAGGGACGAAUAUGUCGGAUGCGUGAACAAAGAUGCGAGAAAAGCGAUCGAGUAACAAAGUGCUUUCGUAUCGAUUGUAAUCGGAGAGCUGUUUUUCCAUUUUUCCGGUGCGUAUACGAUAAUCAACGACGAUCGUUGUAAGGUGCUGUAGAUACUGUUCAAACCCUUCUGUUUGUCCUUUUCUUUAUUUGAAAAUUGAAAAACAGCGGGCUUACGGCCGUUCGUUCGAUUGCAAUCGAUUUUCUGGGUGAAAACCCUCGUUGAACCCCGUUCUUUUUUAUAAUAGUUCAACCAUUGUUUUAAGGCUGUACAAAAUAGGGUUACGUAUGGAGCAAUUGCGGGCGUUGAAAUCACCGUUUCGAAUUAGAUCUUUAUUCUUGGCGUUUCGAUGCAUCCCUGAAGAAAUUAGGACAUUCGAAUAUCGUAUUUGACACCUUAUCGACGGUUUCGGUACGCAAUUUACCGAGGAAUUAAGAUUUCCCAAAUCUCCAAGUCCUCGAAUUUCUAAACUCGGUCAAUAACGUAACUAGUGGCAAUAUAACGAGACUAUACGUCGAUCAGGUGUUAAUACUUCGCGAAAAAAAUACCCCAAAUCUUUCUCUUACGUUAUUAGUAGUUUUUAAGACGCGGUCUGCACGUAACAAACGGUGCUCCCCAUUUUUGUCGUUCUUUCUUUCACGGUUCUAGGAUAUUCAUCUUGGAACCUUCUUUUCGUCAUAUGUGCAUCUAGUCUUGUCCAGUAUGCCCUCGUAACUUAUGCGCACCGCGUGCUACGUGCAGAUCCGCAUAAAAUGUACACACACACGGACACACUCGUGUGUACACACUUAUACACGCGUGGAUUCGAUUGUGUUACCACAUGCGACCACAAGAUGCAUUUAAGGGAAACAGAAAGGAUAUUGGAGGGAGGGGUUCUUUUGUUCGGAUACGUUCGGAGAAUACCGAACGAUUCAUUUUCUUCGCUUUCUUUUCUUUAUUUACUUUUUCAAUGCGUUGAAUGCGGCGGGGUAAUUAAAUUUAUUGGAAAUGUUAAGUCACAACACGUAACUGGUGAUCACAAGUGGGUUAAAAGAAACGUUUACAAAUUUAUAGAAAAAUUAAGAUAGUUAUUGGUACAUUUUAUUUUAAAAGCAGAGGGGUGAAUAUUAAUGAAAUCUGCACCGUUCACGUUGGACUAAGCGAUAUCAAGUGCAAUACUCGAAUUAGAACUAAAAAGAUUGCUGUAUUCAACGCGUUAUGUGGUAACCGAAUCGUACACACAGCGUCACCGUAGUGCCAUUAAGCACGGAAUCACCGUAAGAAAAUUAAGUCGCGCCUUUUUUAGAAAAAUUUUGUAAAAUACCUUUUGUAUGAACGUUGCAAUCCUUUGCGGUCCAAUGUGCUUCCCCAUCGUUCGAUUAUCAGAGAAGACUCUCUCUUCGUAUUUUCCUUUUUUAAUCGUUUGACUACAUCCUCGUUGCAGUAAGGAAAGAAACGGUCCGCAGAAGGUUAAUUGAUAAAAGCUCGAUGUAACUCGAGGAGAUUGCGAUUCGAGGAAAGAACAGCAAUAGUUAUUGAUACGCUAUUUUUGGACGUUCGUAUAAGGCAUAAGGGAUCAUCGGAACGACCUGUCCGAAGGAGGGAAGUUGACUUUUAGAGCGCGGGCAAGUAUUUCUGUAGUCUUCAGCAUUACAAAAUGACCGUGUUUUUAUCGAAUUCCAAGGGUGACUUUUAACUGUUAUACAUAUUAAUCGAACUUGUAUUUAAGUUACAAAAAUGGCCAUCAAUGUUUGUAAAACUUAUAUAAUAUUUGAAGUUGGAAAGAUCUAAGUCUUCCUGUUCUCUAAAAGUCGAAGUUGAUUUAAGAGAAUUUCCGCUCCUUUGACAAGCGACUUUCGACAAUUGACAAUUCUUACAGGAUGUAACUUAGCACGAUAGUUUCAACGAUCAAGCAUAAUUUAUUACGAUUUAUUUAUUUCUCAAUCUCGUAGGAAAUUGCGUAAGAAUCUUCUUUUUUUAUAACUUAAUUAUUGAAUCAUUGAAGCGUUCGUUUAAGUCACAUUCUGAUUAAUCUCUCUUAACAUUGUAAGAUAAGCGUGCUCCGUUUUUCUCUUGCUUCGAAGCCUCAUUUCUUUUUCUUUUUUUUUUUUAAUUUAUUCCGCGAUCAUCCUCGCUGUAUUACGAGUGCGUUCCCUCGAUGAAAGGUCUCUUCGGCGUUUUUUAGUAUUCGAAGGCUUUUUUACUUGGUAGAGAGAAAAAAAUGGUAAAAAGGAAAGAAUUUGAUUCCUUUGUGCCUUUUUUUUGUCCCGAGGUCUUUUGUGAUGGAAACACAAUGAAGCUAGAAAGAAAUUACGAAUCUUGGAGACGCUUGUUCGUUUCAAGAAUCAGCCAUCACGUACGGCGUGCCUUUUUCUCAAAGUAAUAAAAAUAAUCAAAAGAAAAGGAGAUACCGCAUCGACAGCGAUCGCAAGUUUUCCCCGCACGAUUUUAUUCUUCGUUCUCGAAAUCGUGCUUCGAACACUUGUCGUCGAGAAAUUUUUGAUCUUUUUUUAGCGGUUAAGGAGCAUAAGUAUAUUAAAUCGUUCCAUAAAUAACUUCUUUUACAAUCGACACACUCGUUAAAUUUGUAGACUUCACUUUCCAAGUUUCGUUGAAAAGAAAGUAGGAGAUUCUGAAACAAGAGUUUAUGGGACGAUUUAAUACCGCGAGUUAAGCGAGAAAAUCGAAGGCACAAACAACGUAUGAAA